AUGACGAGUGCGACGGACGCGGACGAGAUUAAUCCUCCCAAAGAAGAGGAGGGCCAUCAAAAGGAAGAAAUGACCGAUGGCGAAGAUGAGGAGCUGGAUAGCAAGGCGAAGGCGUUGAUGCACUUGCUGAAGACCAGUUCAGUCUUCGUCGCAAUUAUGUCGGAUAAGAUGAAAAAACAGCAGGAAGAGGCUCGCUUGGCUGCAACCAAACAGCGUGAGCAACCCGCAGAAGAUAAAAAGAAAGCGAAGGCUGCCCCCGAGCCUCAGCGACGAGCCACACGCACCCGUGCGAACCAGGAUUCCACUCCUAAGGGAAAGCCCGCAAGCGACGGAGACAACGGAAAGAAGACAGAGGCGAAACGUGGUCGGCCCAAGCGGGCAUCUGCUGCAAAUGGCAGCUCGAUCUCGAAUUACUUCAAGAAAGCCGAUGUGGAAGUCACUGAAGACAAUCCAUCUGUCCAGCAGGCUCUCGAGAAAGCUGCGAAUGAAUUUGAAGCAAAGCCUACUGCUCUGGGUGAACAAGAGUUGGUUGCUACACAGCAGCCUGGGCUCGUGACUGGUGGCACAAUGCGCAAGUACCAACUUGAAGGGUUGGAGUGGCUUAAGUCGUUGUGGAUGAACGGACUGUGCGGCAUCCUUGCUGAUGAGAUGGGCCUUGGAAAGACAGUCCAGGCCAUUUCCAUGAUUGCUUUCUUGAAAGAGAAGGAGGUCUCAGGGCCUUUCCUGAUCGCCGCGCCAUUGAGUACCUUGAGCAACUGGGUUGAUGAAUUCGCAAGGUGGACUCCAGACAUUGAGACGGUUCUUUACCACGGUACCAAGGAAGAGCGAGCCGUCCUUCGAGAACAGCAAAUGAAGGUCAAGAAUCAGGCGACGAUGAACUUCCCUGUUAUUUGCACAUCAUACGAUAUCUGUAUCAAUGAUCGCAAGUUCCUGUCACAGUACCAAUGGCGGUACAUUGUUGUUGAUGAGGGCCACCGCCUCAAGAAUAUGGACUGCAAACUGAUGCAGGAACUCAUGACAUACAAUUCUGCCAACCGACUGCUCAUCACAGGAACCCCCCUGCAGAACAAUAUUUCCGAAUUGUGGUCCCUACUUCACUUCCUUCUGCCUGAACUGUUUAAUGACCUUCGCUCUUUCGAGACUUGGUUUGACUUCUCUUCAGUCUUGGACAAGAAGGGUGAGACCGACGAUGUUGUCGAGAAAAGGAAGCGCAAACUGGUGUCCAGUAUGCAUGCAAUUUUAAAGCCAUUCUUACUUCGGCGUCUCAAGACGGAUGUCGAGACAUCCCUACCUAAGAAGCGGGAGUACAUCCUGUACGCCCCUCUCACCUCCGAGCAGAAGGAUCUCUACCGAGAGAUCAUUACUGGAACUGGGCGCAAGUACCUUGAAGACAAGGCCCUAGAACGUUUGACCAGCAAGAGCGCUAGCUCCACGCGCUCUCAAAGUCUGAAGCGCAAGAGAAGUGGCAGUGAAGAAAGCACUCCAUUUAAGAGCAUGAAGUCCAGCGAGACUUCCACGCCUGCUCCUGAUGGCCCUAUCUCCAGCCGAAGCCGUCACCGUCGCGGUAAGCGCCACGAGUACAAAGAGCUCACUGACGGUGAAUUCGACGAGACGCUGCGGAAGAUGGAGUUGGGACUUGAGGAAGCCCGCGAAGAGGUUCAGCCGAGUGACACUGAGCUCGAGGAGCAGGAACUUGCUCGCAACUUGAAGCUUGCCAAGAAAGAGAUCGGGCAAAAGAAGAUGCAGAACCCAGUCCUGCAGGCUCGUCUUGCGUGCAACUCACCCCACAACUUCUACUGGCCCUGGAUGGACGAGUCCUCAACGGUGGACGAGACCCUUGUAUCAGCGUCCGGCAAGAUGCUCCUGCUCGACCGCCUAAUCCCCUGCCUCCUCGCGAAGGGUCACAAAAUCCUUAUUUUUUCGCAAUUCAAGACUCAGUUAGAUAUCAUUGAGGAAUGGGCCACGGAGCUCCGAUCUUGGAAAUGCUGCCGCAUAGACGGUGCAAUCGCCCAAGCAGACCGCCGAGCCCAGAUCCAAGAUUUCAACACGAAGAAUAACCACAAGAUCUUCCUACUGAGCACUCGAGCGGGCGGCCAGGGAAUUAACUUGACUGCCGCGGAUACCGUUAUUCUCUUUGACUCGGAUUGGAACCCCCAGCAAGACUUACAGGCCCAGGACCGAGCUCAUCGUAUCGGUCAAACCAAGCCUGUAAUAAUCUACCGCUUGGCCACCAAGGGUACUGUUGAGCAAACCCUCCUAGAGAAGGCAGAUGCAAAGCGUCGCCUGGAACGCCUGGUUAUCCAAAAGGGCAAGUUCCGCUCGCUUCUCGAUCCCACCGCUACCUCGCAAGAUGUCGAUGAGCUGCGCCGCGUUCUCGGCGAGAACGAGUUCGAACGGUUCGAAGUCGGCAACGAUCCCGAGUCGAUUCUCUCUAAUGAGGAUCUGGAGAUUCUCACUGACCGAUCUGAGGAGGCUUACGCCCGUGCUGAACAAGGCCUUGACCGUAAUGGAGCUGCGUUCGUUGCGGUUGAGACCAAGCGGGACGUUGGGGAGAGCAUUCUCUCCUAG